AUGGAGUAUCGCGGGUACGACAGCGUCGGCGUGGCCACCCGGAGCCGGGGCAGGAUUCAGGUAAGGAAGGGCGUCGGCGGGGUGUCCGCCGUAAACGAGUCCGUCGGGCUGGACUCGAUGAAAGGCACCAUCGGAAUAGGCCACACCCGAUGGGCGUCCCACGGUGGCAUAACGGAUAUCAACGCGCACCCUCACUCUAGCAGCACCGGCGGCCUGGCCUUGGUGCACAACGGCAUAGUCGAGAACCACAAGGAGCUCAAGGAGGAGCUGCUGUCCUGCGGGUUUACAUUCGAGUCGGAGACUGACACCGAGGUGCUGGCAAACCUGCUCCAGAAGAACUAUGACGAUGCGGGCGACAUCCUGGAGGCCGUGCUCAGGACCGUGCGCAGGAUACGUGGCGACUAUGCGUUUGUGGCCAUGUUUGAGGACGGCACGCUGGCAGCCGCCAGGCUUCACGUGCCGCUGAUCAUAGGUGUCAGGGGCGGCGCGCACUUUCUGUCAAGCGACGUAUUGGGAUUCAUCGAGAAGACCGAUGACGCCAUAUACAUGGACAGCGGGGACGUGGCAGUCAUCGGGGACGCGGGUCUGGACAUCUACGACUUUGAGGGGAACCGGGUCAGGAGGCCGCUGACCAAGGUCUCAAAGGAGUUUGCCGACGUGUACAGGGGCGAGUUUGCCCACUUUACGCAAAAGGAGAUAUCCGAGCAGCCAGACACGGGCUCCGGUCCGGCGAGGGGGCCGCAGACGCCAUAG